UUACUUCCGACAGACGCUAGGCCGCGCCCCGACCAUCAGGAUCAUCCGCGCUGCAGCCAUGGACAUCUCCAUCCAGUUGAUCCUGUCAAUAUUAUGCCUCAGGGCUGCUCAGGCCAGUCCUCCAGAUAAGGGAUCUCAAAAAUUGGAGGCAUCACAGCCACAAUAUGCCCGGAGGUACAAAGAAGUGGUAAUGUACCUAACUCCUACGCAAAUUAAGAAUUAUGAGGCAGGACAUGGUAUUCCACAAAUAAAUUAUGAAGAACAGGCGCUUCUAAAGGCCCAAUACGAACAAGAACAAGUCGCACAACAUGCUCCUACGUUUAUUUAUACACAGCAGAACCCAGCAACAGGGAUACCUAUUAAUGACGAAGAAGGACAAAUAAUCCAAAGCACACUUGACAUUUUAGAAGCCAAUAAAAUGCAGUUUCAUCUUGCGCAGGAAAAUAAUCCUAACCUUGAAAUAACGAGAGCUGAAGAAGAUCAUGAUUCUGAUAUCCGACCCAUCGUAGAGCCAAAUGUUGAAAAUGAAGAAAAAAUUAAAAUCGAGCUUCUGCAGAAGCAGCAACAACAGCAACAUCAACAACAGCAACAGCAACACCAACAGCAACUUCAACAUCAAUAUCAACAUCAACAACAACAACAACAGCAACAACAACAACAUCAGCAGCAACUGCAGCAGCAACAAGAACAAAAUAAAUUAAUAGAACAAGCCAAAAAACAACAGGAACAGAUUGCUAAAAGCGACGCUUAUAUUCAUUUCUUCUCCAACCAAAAGCCAGAUAAUCUACAAAAAAUUCAGAUAUUCCACCCUGAACCUUAUUCUAUAAAUCUGGAUGAAGAGCUAAGGCUGCAAAAAGAAAAGAACAUAGAAAUUCAGCAAGAUCCUUUACUGCGUCAGAAUUUUAAACUUAUCCCAUAUGAAUAUAUCGCGGAGCAAAAUGUUCAGCAAAAAGUACGAGAUGACCUUAUCAAGCAGGGCCAAAAGCAAAUCCAGCAACAGCUGUUUGUGCCUGCUGAAGAACCGUGGCGCCCCAUCAUUAACCCUCAAAAGGAAUAUCAACACCAAUAUGCUCCACAAUUCACUAGUCUCACUAAGAACAUUGAUCUUGAGAAGAUAAUUCAGGAAAUUCAAUUAGAGAGAGAAGCAGCAAAAAUCCACGCAGAAAAUAUUGCCAAUUCACCGCCUGUUGUUAUUCAUAAAGACAUUAGCAUAAUUAAACGCCGCCCCGUUCAUGUAAUCAAGCACGUGAAUAUUCCAUACCCAGCGCCGUUUUUCGUGCCCGUCCAGAAGCACGUAGAAGUCAAGGUGCCCCAGCCCUACGCGGUACCGGUGGAAAUUGUCAGACACGUUCCUGUGCCAAUAGUGAAGACUGAAACAGUGGAAGUGGAAAAACCCGUGCCAUAUGAAGUGGAGAAACAUGUACCAGAAAUAGUCGAGAAAAAAGUCUACGUCCCUGUCGAAAAACCAUACACCGUAGAACGUAUCGUUCCUGUUGAAGUUAGGAAAGAGAUUCCCGUUGCGAUCCCUGUUCAUAAACCGGAAAAACUCACUGUUAUACGACACGUCUGGAAACAUUAAUUUAUAGAUAAGCUAUAUAGUAUUUAAGUUGACU